AUGCGGAAGAGCGAAAUGAAGAAGGCCGGUGGUUUGACACCCGCUGCCCUCAGUUGUCCACAGCAGCGAGUAACUGGUAGGAUUGCCAUUCGUAGCGUGCCAUUAAUACCCACGUCUGGCGUGAGUCCUGAGUAUGUGGCGGAUAUGAAUGCCAUUCCGUUUACCAGAUGUGAAUUCAUACAGCUUGUACUGCCUGACAAGCAGAGUGACGUCAUUGUGAAAUCCGUGCAGGUAGAAUUUCGAAACACCGUUCACCUCCUUGGCCAUGUUACGAUAUGUGUGCGAAUAGCAAACCUGGAUUCCGAAAGAACCCCAAGCGCGCACUCUUUAGCGUUUAAUGAUGCAAUUGAAAAACUUCAAAGCGCAUGCCAGAAUUUACAGCUCUCGAGCUUCCCGCUCGUGAUGACGGGUCGUGAGGAUGAGCGCGAAGAGAUUUACACAUCACUUCGCUCUUCAAUCGAGCAGCAGAGCGCCGGUGGUCCCAUUUACAUUAGUGGUCUCCCGGGCGCGGGCAAAACCUCAAUCGUGAAGGAAGUUAUUCGUACGCUUGAGAUGCAGCGAGACAAUGGAGAUUUGCGCAACUUUACCUGGGUUGAGGUAAAUGGGCUGCAGAUGCCACGACCGGACGUCGCGUACAGUGUGUUGUGGAAAGCUUUAAAGCCGCCUAUAAGUGACGAGCAUGGACCUCAUUCGCUGCGGGCGAGCAUGGGCUCAGCAAGGCUGUGUGAGAGACUACAGCGUGAAUUCCACACUAAAAGCUCGACACGGCCAAUGCUGCUGGUACUGCUGGACGAGAUGGACUUUAUGCUGGCUGGAAAAAAUCAGGUCCUGUACAAUCUGCUAGAGUGGCAAACCUCUGCGUCAGCUAAGCUUAUGCUGGUAGGCAUUGCCAAUACGAUGGACCUACCUGAGCGACUGCCUAGCAAAAUCCGCAGUCGUUUGGGUGGUCAUCGCAUCACUUUCCCAGCUUACACGCGAGCUCAAUUAGAAGCAAUUAUUCAACAGCGACUGUCUCAGCUUGAUAUCUUUAGCGAAGAAGCUAUCCAGAUUUGCGCUAAGACACUGGCACACCAGUCGGGUGAUGUGCGACAGGCGCUGUCCCUGUGCCGCAAAGCUGCAGAAGUGUGUCUACAUCGGCUCACGGAUUCUAAUGAGAUCAAAGAACCCAAUUGUGGACGGGAAAUGCUCGUAACUGGCGAAGAUUUGUUUAAAGCUCAACAGGCUGUUUCCGUGUCAGCACCGAUGAGUCGCCUACGUGCAUGCAGCAAGUUUGAGUGUACGCUUCUAGUUGCGCUGCGUAUGGAAGUCCGAUCGUUCGUAGCGCGAGGGGUCAACAAAAAUGGAGUAGAGCUAGAAGCUGUGAUUGAACGGUUUGCAAUUUUGUGCAAGACUCACUCAUUCUUUCCGAUCCCACGUCUGCGCGGACUUUUGUUCAUUUGCGACGAAUUGGAGCACUCAGGAGUCAUUAAGCAGAUCUACUCCCGAACGUCGCGGUACCCGUUGCUGGAAAUGCUGUGCUCUCAUCAAGAACUUCAAGAUGUAUUCCUUACGCACCCUAUUGGAAUGCAAUUAAUUUCUUAA